ACAACGUGAAUUUAUUCAAAUAUCUACGGGCAGGACCCUGAGCUGACAAGUUAAAAAGACAACCAAAACACCGGAAAACAUGCUUUUUGCGUUCAGAAUAAAAGUAAUGUUGUUGAAAAAAGGAGCUCAGGCUCAGGAUUUGCCACCACAGGCCCCCAACAGAAACAUAUUGUCCACCAAUCAUCUACCAGACUUAACCUAACUAUCAACAUUUACUGAUGCAUUCCCCAAAUCCAUAAACAAGAAUUAAGUGUUGAAACCCCCAGAGCUGUGUUGCUGUGGGUGUCAAACCUGUCAGUCUACCUGGACAGUGUUUACUUCUACUUUUUCAACCUGUUUUAACUUGCUGAUGUGAAUAGACUAGGAUGUAAUAUAGUCAUAGACUAUGCAACAUUAUUUCACGUCACCCUUAAAUGCCCAGAGUCAAUUUCCACAUGAUUAUUUUCUACUUUUUCCCUAAAUCAGAGUGAGGUAGGUUUUAUUUAGCCAAAAUAUGUCUGUAAUAAUCUUAUCAGGCUGUGCCCUUUUUCGCCUAUUUGCUCAUACACUAAAAGAAGAAAAGGGUUGAAUAAGGUUCCCCGAUAUGCCAGGUGUGAGCCAUAUCCCCCACAUCUGCUUUGCACAGAAUGACAGCAGUGACUAAACCUGAGAUGAACAGAACUACAUGAGGGUUACAUCUGAGCCACAGUCUGUCCCCAUGUGAGCAGCUGUUCCUGUUGGUUUCGUUGUUGUAUGUCUGUCUAUGUGGUGCACUGUCAGUGAGACAUAUGCUCUAACGAUUCAGUUUUAUGAUAAUAAAGUUGGGGACUUACAGGAAACAUAUUUAUAUACAAGCUCUUAAAAUACUGGAGCGAGUAAACUGACACCCAUGUGUAAAAUCAGUGUAAUGUCCUUUUAGUCCUUGUUUUGCUGUGAAGGCUCCGGGAUACCCAGAGUACCUUGCCGCGCCUCAUCGCUCAGGAUUUCAUUUUGAAAAUCACACCCGGAAGUAGGCUUUUGUAACCCUGCGAACUUGACGUUGUCCAGACGCACUCUUUCUGAAACUGAAGCGCGCUGCUGUCCGUGUGGAGGCAGAGCAAGUGCCCUGAGAGGAGCAGAGGACGCGAGCGGCUCCGGGACAUGUUCGUGUCUGUGGCUCUUUCUGAACCUGCUCCUCCACCUGCACUUCCUCUGCUAGGACAACUGCGCAUCCAGUUUUGGGUGUGACAAAUAUCUUGUGUGUGUAGUGUGUCAAGAUUUUGGCUUUUUUCCAGGCUGAGUGGAGGCGCGGAUGACUUGACUUUAUCACCGUCACUGCUUCUACUCAUGUGUUUUGGACGUUUUCUUCGUGCUUUUUCUGUCCAGACCAAAUGUUCUGGGAACACACGCGCGCACACACGGGGCUGCCUAUGCGGAUGUCCACUGAUUUGUUUGCUGAUGGUCAGAGGCUGAAGUUGAAGUCUCGCUCUUGAAGGUGUGAGCUCCAAAUGCAUUCGCUCCUGGGCCGGCGGGAGAAGAAAGAAGAAGAAGCCGGGUUUGGGGUCGAUCUGGGUCUCUCUCCGGGCUUUCUGCCCCAAGCUGCCACCAUGUUCAGCUGUGUGGGCUGCUUCUGGGUGCUCCUCUCCUCCGCUCUGGUCGCCGUGUGCAGUUUCAGCUUCAUAUCUCCUGCCUGGAUUGUUAAGGACCAGCUGAGGAACAGUCACCACCAUCACAACAACAACAAGGACUCGGUGAGCUUCGGCUUGCUGUGGCACUGCUCGGAGUCUCUGGAUCACAUGUACCGAUGCUACACCUUCGGGGGACUGGGCAAAUUCGCAGAGAUCCCGUCCAGCUCCUGGCAGACCAGUGCGGUGCUCUGUUCAGGAGGCUGUGCUCUGCUGGCUGUCAGCUCCCUGUUGGCCAUCAUUACCAUCUUCCUGCCCAGCGGAGGAUGUGAGAGGAGGAUCUGCACCCUGGCUGGAUACAUGCAGAUGGCUGCAGUGUUCAUCAUGGCUGCCGGACUGCUGGUCUACCCCUUUGGCCUAAACUCUUCACUGGUCAGGUCCUUCUGCGGGGACUCUGACAUCUACUACGCGGGCGAGUGCCAGAUCGGCUGGGGCUACAUGCUGGCUAUUGUUGGAGUCAUGCUCACCGUCUUCUUGCCCUUUUUUGCCAAAUAUGCACCGAAGGAGCAACUGUCCCCCACCCCUUUACCCACGUUGUUAUAGUGCAGUGAUACAAUGUCUGGUUUUCUUCCCUCCUGACCACUCUCUCUAACCUGGGCUUGAUGCCAUGGAGAGACACCUGCAUCACAUUUUUUAAGGUGAUGCUGUUUUGGAUGCCCCACUGACACUCAACAACAAAUACUGUCUUCCUGCAUCUGUUACGUAAUUAAAUCAAAUUCAGUUAAAUGGAAUGCUUUAUGUUUAAUAGUGAUCUGUGCUUAUAAUUUUCUCAUAAGCUCUAACAGUUUUCUGCAGUUUGACUUUGAUGUUUUCUUCUUGUUAGCUCUGGAAAUGAUGCAGUCAAAAAACACAAGGACUGUUAACUUCAUUUCACACGAUUAAUGAAAAUUAGCUUAAACAUAACAACGGCUUGCUAAAGAUGUGUUUUUCCCAUUUUCUGUUAUCCUUUAUAGCUAAAUGAACAUGUAUAACAUUCCAAAACAGCCUUGUAGUUGGCUGCAUAAAGAGAGUGGAAGCAUGAGGUUAUGUGCUAAUAUGACUCAUCCAAUCAAAUAAUGUUUCAGUAAGAGGUUCUGAAGAACGCUGAACUCAAGCAGAGAGCCCCUUAAAUCGGCUGACGAUUGAGGAUAUUAAUGGAUCUGGACCCAUGCGCUUCAACUCUGAAGGAGUUGCACCUAGUGACGAUGUUUUGUGUGGAAGCACUUGGACUGUACAUAUGAUCUGCUUUUAAUAGAACUGAGGUUUGAGAAUAAAACAUUUAAACAAGAAUUCUGACACCUUGAAGGAUUUUUGAUCUUCAGACUUUUUCUGCCUUACAGUCUUGUAACCAGGCAGUGAACCAGUGGGAGUCAAGAAGACAUUUUGGCCUUCAAGGACAGUGUAUUUAGUAAGUGUCACAAAGAAAAGGACAGAAGACACUGACUCAGAUCUUCAUAGAGAGCGAAUGGAAAUCUCUCCUCAUAACAAGGAAGUGAAUCAUAAUAGUAAAUAGUGGUUUCAGAGCAGUGUUGUCAAAGAUUUUAUGUUGGGAUACUACAACCUUUUGUUAACCUUUUCCCUAGAAAUGUUUGUGUAUUGUAACUCGCUUGUUAAACUUGUUUUCCAUCUACAACACACAAUACUAAACACUCUAAUUCAGGAAAACAUGCAAAAGGCAGGGAGAUGUAGGAAUUUUGUCAAAAAAUGCAUGAUAAGAUGGGCUUUGUUAAUGUUAGAACAAUUGAUCUAGAUUUUAAAUGUGACCUGACCAACUUGUGCCUUUUAACAUAACCAAGACCAGUGUUUAAUACAAUUAUCAGGUUAUCAUCUUUUUCUGCUGAAAACUGUGGAUCCUGUUGUGUGGUGUGUGUUUUUUUUUCCUAUAUUUUUCCUCUCAGAGGUUAAAAGUUUCUCGUGUACUUGCGGGAUGCAGAGUGAUCUCAUUAACUUGAGAAAAUGCUCUGAGGAUAAAAAAAAAAGAUGAUGUCUUCUAAUUCAUGGAGGUAAUGGCAGAGAGAAGGAAAAAGAUAAAAGCAGUGUACUUGUGUUCAAUUACGCCCUGAGAAUUCUUGCCAAUUAUCUGGAAGAGGUAACUUGAAUUGCUAUAUUAAAAGGUUGUGACAUGCAGCUAACAGAUUAAUUCCUGGCAUUCUUGUCCUGUGUGGUUUAGAAAUUGAGUGGUAGAGGAGAGAGCUGUACAAAUUGAACUUUACCCUUGGUUAUCUGUGCUGAGCUAACACAUUAUUCGCAUUACGUGUAAACGUGGCUUAAAAUAAUUAGCUCCUCAAAUAAUAACAUGUUGCUGUGUUUUUCAUCAGCCCACUUCUGCUUUCUGCUUCCUGCUGGCACCAUUCCUGUCAUGUUCCAAGGACAAAAUGUCUACUUCUCCACUUACUGUCCCUGUACACUGCCAGUUUCAUCAGGCUAGGCUCCCUGUUCUAGUGGCUGUUUAUGUGCGUAUUAGUGUUGAAUGAUGGCUUGGAUUUUUCUAAUGGGUUAUUCUUUAAAUAUUACCUAAAUUUGGGUUCCCAUAAUGACAUGUCCUGACAUUAAGAAAAUUGCUGUGAUUAUGUUGCCAUAUUUGAAAGAAGGUCAGGAGAGAAGUGUUGGUAUUGUAUUGGACCUCAUACUGUGCUUGUGGGAAUGACUAGCGUGACUGCACUGAACUUAUUCCCCCGUUUGUUGAACCUUUGUGUGUAGUCUCAGCACUGGUGAAACUGUUUUGGUAGAAUAGAAUUAUUGUUUUUUUCCAUUGUGAUGUUUGACUGUAAAUAAACUAACUGUACUUGAUA